UUGAUACCUGAGAAAAGCAGAGGGGCAGACCCGAGCUCUGGAAUGCCGGGCCCCGGAGGCCUUGGGAAGGCAGGCUUCUGGGUGCCUGGGAUGGGGCGACCUUUCUCCCCGGGAGAAACAGACCUCCCGAUUCUGUGUACGUUGGCAUCUUGGGCGGUGACUGAGUGGUCAGAUCAGGGACCAGGGGAGCUUUUCCCUGCUCGAAGAGGACCCCCGUGUCCCCUCCUUUCUCCGACACCGGCUUCCACACCCUUCCACUUCCCACGCCCACAGUCCCUGCCCCGCGCCGGGGAGUUAGGGAUGUUUCCACGGCCGCAGGGUGGGAAGGGGAUUCCGGUACUCCGGCGGCAGGCUUGGGUGGUGGGUUGGGGAUAGUCCCAGCGCCUGGCGAGUAGACCUCGGUCCCAACUGGUUGGAGGACAGCGCAGGGGGCGGAGGCUGCAGUGGGAGCCCCCGCCCCCCCUCUCCCGCCCCUCCCCACCUCGCACCUGGGCGGAGCGAGGGACCCGGGGAGCCCCAGACGCCCGGGAGGCUCGGUAGCGCGGCACGGAAGGGCGUGCGGCGAAACGCAGGGCGCUGGGCUAAGGAGUGUGAGCAUCGGGUGAGGGGAGGCCUGGCUCUCAGACCCGGGGCCCCAGGCAGAGGUUUGUCUGCCCAGCUCUCAGCCCCCCAGGUAGAUCCUCUGGUUGUUGCAGACGCUUUGGCGGAUGCGGAAAGGCGAGGCGCUUUCCUCCUUUGCACCCCAGCAAUCUGGAAGGGGGCCUAGACUGCUGUGGCGAGGCAAGGGCAGUUCCUGGGAUCCACUGAUGCUGGCGGGGAACACCCCGGGCUGUCAAAGGCCUGGAAGCACCUUAUUUAACCUUUCUCUCUCUGAGGAGGUGCACGCCCUUCUCAAAGUGGCGCCUUGGGCUGAGAAUCCAAUUCCCGGCUGGUUCCAACUGGCUCCAUAGGAGGCGAAUUUGGAGGUUGCGUAGGUCAGGAGCCCCAUAAAUCCCUCUGGUCCUUCCUGUGCAGCUCUCCCACGUGCAGGCUUUGAGGGGCACCACCGGCUCUGCGGUUGCCCUGCGGACAUCUUCUGCUCUCCGGACCCGAGCUGGGAGAAAGCAGAGCUCAGCGCAGUCCCCUUUUCUGGGCCCUACGCCCUGGCCAGACCCUUCCGGAAGAGACGUCGACUGGCCAGGGCUCCGGAGGAAUCCUGAGUUCGGUCACUCCCAUCCGGGCCCCCCCUGCAGCCGCGAGCUCCCUGUCUCCCUACAGCAAGCUCCGGAGUCCCAGGCAGCGGAUAGGGGAUGCCCUCGGAACAGGCUGGGGUGCACCUGCUGAGCGCAAACUCCACACCCUCCCAGGCCAGGCGUCGAGGGGGAUAGAGCGUUGGCCUCCUCCGAAUUCCCUGGAUAACUGAGGUACCCAAGCAUGGACCGGAAUAAUGAAGGGAUACGUGUAUUAGCUGCAGCCCUUUGAACCACGCAAGAAGGAAAUCAACAGUGUGGACAGGGCUGGAAGCGUUACCACACCUGCUUGUUGGAAUAAAUGAAGAAUGGGCUUGUGAUUAUGCUGACAUCCCAGCAUGAAUCUGGUGGACCUGUGGUUAACUCGUUCCCUCUCCAUGUGUCUCCUCCUACAAAGUUUUGUUCUUAUGAUACUGUGUUUUCAUUCCGCCAGUAUGUGUCCCAAGGGGUGUCUUUGUUCUUCCUCUGGGGGUUUAAAUGUCACCUGCAGCAACGCAAAUCUCAAGGAAAUACCUAGAGAUCUUCCUCCUGAAACAGUCUUACUGUAUCUGGACUCCAAUCAGAUCACAUCCAUCCCCAAUGAGAUUUUUAAGGACCUCCAUCAACUAAGAGUUCUCAACCUGUCCAAAAAUGGCAUUGAGUUUAUCGAUGAGCAUGCCUUCAAAGGAGUCGCCGAAACUCUGCAGACUCUGGACUUGUCUGACAACCGGAUUCAGAGCGUGCACAAAAACGCUUUCAAUAACCUGAAGGCCAGGGCCAGGAUUGCCAACAACCCCUGGCACUGCGACUGUACGCUCCAGCAAGUUCUGAGGGGCAUGGUGUCCAAUCACGAGACAGCCCACAAUGUGAUCUGCAAGACCUCCGUGCUGGACGAACACGCCGGGAGACCGUUCCUCAACGCUGCCAAUGAUGCUGACCUUUGUAACCUCCCUAAAAAAACGACUGAUUAUGCCAUGCUGGUCACCAUGUUUGGCUGGUUCACCAUGGUGAUCUCGUAUGUGGUGUAUUACGUGAGGCAAAAUCAGGAAGAUGCGCGAAGACACCUCGAAUACUUGAAAUCCCUGCCGAGCAGGCAAAAGAAAGCCGACGAACCCGACGAUAUUAGUACAGUGGUGUAGUGUCCGCACUGACUGGCAUGGAAAAAGAAAUCCGUUUGGGAUUGCAGUAGAAUAAGUGGUUUACUUCUCUCAUCCAUUGUAAACAUUUGAAACUUUGUAUCUCAGUUUCUUUUGAAUCCUGCCACUGUUGAACUUUUAACAAACAUGACAGCAUAAAUCAUUUGCGUUUCGGUAAUCCACCCCUCCGUUGUACUCCUGGUGGUAUAUUCCUGAGUCAGCUACUUCCCUGAACCUUAGUUCUAUCCAUCUCAGUAUUUAAUAAUGAAAUUUAUUUUUUUAAUUUGAAACCAAAUAAAAGCCUAACUUUGAA